UAACUGCCUGUUCGGGGGCAGAACGACAGAUUUGUACCUUGUCAGCUCGGGGUUUGAACUCGCAACCUUCCGGUUACUAGUCCAACACUCUAACCACUAGGCUACGCUGCCACCUCAUUGUGAGGUGUUGUUUGUUUUUGUACACAUUCUAUUCGGAGCUCUGUUUAUUUCCAUUUUAGUUCCCUUCGUGUAUCAUAGUUUUUGGCUAUCCUCACGUCCUUGCCUUUACUUUUGCUUUUCCUGUUCUCUUCCUAUUGCCUGAUCUCCCGGACUACGUUACUAGCCUUUUUCCCUGCCUGUACUGUUCCCUUUUUGGAUUCCCUGUGUAUGACCUUCUGCGUGUCCCUGGACCCUGCUACCUGCCUCCUCCUGUGGUCAUUUACUAAAUAAACACCUGCUGCGUCCUGCACUUGAAACUAGAAGUCUGUCUCUGAUCAUACUCAUUACAAUAGGCCUACCCCUUGUUAGCUUAAUUUACUGCAGUAGGCUAAAUCAGGGUCACACUCUUGGUCGUCUUAAACAAAUCUACUUUGAAACAAGUAUACACUUUACACACAUGUUUAUGCGCUUAAAAAACACAUCUGUACCAUGUCAGAUAUAAAGUUGAAAUGUAUUAUAUUUUUGAGUUUGCAACCCAAUAUUACACAUUAUAUACACUACCGUUCAAAAGUUUGGGGUCACUUAGAAAUGUCCUUGAUUUUGAAAGAAAAGCACAUUUUUUUUGUCCGUUAAAUGUCACGCCCUGGUCUGUUUCACCUGUCCACCAUCUGGCAUACACGGUAAAACGCCUCCUGGGUGUUUCGACCACGGGGAAGGGGUUUCCUGUACCUGGUUGACUGGGAAGGUUACAGCCCGGAGGAGAGGUGCUGGGUUCCCACUACAGACAUCCUGGAUCCAGCCCUCAUCACCGACUUCCACUGCCGACACCCCGGUCAACCAGACAGACAGACGUCGAGUUGGGUCCGAGUGUCAUUAUGAGAUGUCGUCUCUCAGCGCCUCCUUCGUGCAAAUCAGGUUUGAUGACAUCCACUUCUAUGAGAACUGCGGCGGUGGCAGCUUCGGGAGCGUGUACCGAGCCAGGUGGAUCUCUCAGGACAAAGAGGUGGCGGUGAAAAAGCUACUCAAGAUCGAAAAUGAGGCUGAAAUCCUCAGUGUGCUCAGCCAUCGCAACAUCAUUCAGUUCUAUGGGGCGAUCCUUGAAGCACCCAACUAUGGAAUCGUCACCGAAUAUGCCGGUGGAGGGUCCCUGUAUGACUAUCUGUCCAGUGCAGAGAGUGAGGAGAUGGACCUGGGACAGGUUAUGACUUGGGCCAUGGAGAUUGCCAAAGGCAUGCACUAUUUACACUCAGAGGCCCCGGUCAAGGUUAUCCACAGGGAUCUGAAGUCCAGGAAUGUGGUUGUGACGGCAGACAAAGUUCUUAAGAUCUGUGAUUUUGGGGCAUCCCGGUUCCACUCCCACACCACACACAUGUCCCUGGUAGGCACGUUUCCCUGGAUGGCCCCGGAAGUCAUCCAGAGCCUGCCCGUGUCUGAGACCUGUGACACGUACUCCUACGGUGUGGUUCUGUGGGAGAUGCUCACCCGGGAGAUUCCCUUUAAAGGCCUGGAGGGAUUACAAGUCGCCUGGCUGGUGGUGGAGAAGAGUGAGAGAUUAACCAUUCCCAGUAGCUGCCCAACUAGUUUCGCUGAGCUGAUGAGGAAGUGCUGGGUGACUGAGCCAAAGGAAAGACCAAUGUUCAAACAUAUCCUUACAACCCUGGAGUCCAUGUCCAAUGACAGCAAGCUUCCUGAACAGUGCAACUCCUUCCUACACAACAAGGCUGAAUGGAGCUGUGAGAUUGAGGCCACACUGGAGAGACUGAAGAAGUUGGAGAGGGAUCUGAGCAGCAAAGAGCAGGAACUGAAGGAGAGAGAACGUCGCCUGAAGAUGUGGGAGCGCAAGCUCAUUGAGCAGUCCAACACCCCGCUCCUUUCCAACCUUCAUAUUCAUUCCUGGACAGAGGAACAUGUGUACUUUUGGAUACAGCAGAUAUUUGGGGCAGGGGAGGGGGCAAGUGGAAUGCAGCUGUAUGGUGACCUGUUUAAGGAGAACCACAUUACAGGCAAGAGGCUGCUGCUGCUCACGGAAACGGACAUGCAAGACCUGGGGGUCAAGUCCAAAGGUCACAUCAUGCACCUCAAGAGGGAAAUUGAGAAGCUAACCAAUGACUACAUUGGGCUCUUCCACUUCCCUCCACUAAUGAAGGAUGAGUGUGCAGAGGAGGAGGAGGAGAUGAGGAAGAUUGUUCAUCUGGAGCUGGUGUUUGGGUACCACUGGAAAGCGGGAACAGGUCACUCGGACUGCAAAUGGAAAAUGUACAUUGAGCUUGACGGAGAUGAAGUUGCAAUAACGUACAUCAAGGAUGUGACCUUUAAUGCCAACAGACAGGAUGUGGAUGUCCUGAAGAUGACCAAGCCUCCAUUUGUGAUGGACAAAUGGGUAGUUGGACUAUGGGAGAAUGAGGUUGUUGACUGCAUUGUAAAUUAUGAGAAUGAUGUGAGAUCACCCAGGUGUACGAGACAUAGCCAUGCAGUGAGCUGGAACCCCACCGGUGGACGAGAUGAGAUCAAGACUGUGGAGCUGCUGAUAGAAACAGCUCAGUUAAACAUUGAAGGAAACCCCAGAAGCAGAUCAAACUCAAAAGAUGUGGAUCCCAGAUGGUUGUACAACCUGAGACAGAGGCAGCUGAAGAGCCAGUCAGCAGCACAGCAGCAUGGUGCCCAGACCCCCACCGGAGGCUCAGAAACCCGCACCCUGUCUCAGUUCCUGUCUGCAUAUGGAGAUCAAGCCUCUUCCUACGCUGCAGCAGUGCGGAGGUCUCCCAACAGCCCCCUCUCUCCCUGGUGCUCCCGCAGCUCGUCCCCUACCGCAGGCCUGUCCGCCAUGCUCUCCCCCCUCUACCUGGGGUCAAAGGGCAGCAGCCCCUCCAGCACCACCUCCGAGAGUCCCUUGGAGCGCGAACGCCUGCUCACUGCCGGGGAAGUGCAAGGUUACCACAGGCACAGAAGCUACAUUGACAACUCAUUGAGUGCAACAAGGGGCCACAACAGAGACACGUGGUCCCAUACAAGGGGCAACUUCACACAGAAUAAGUCAAGCAGAACCACACAGCAAAUGGGGAGGCCCCGGACCAAUAAUUACAGUGUAGCAGGUCAGAACGGAGCCAGGGUGAUACCGGGCAUAUCGGCGGUGGUGGAAAACCUCAGUACAGAGCAAGAGGGAGCUAAAGUCAGUGAGGGGGGAUGGAUCAAAGUGGAGCGCCAGAAAAGGUUACCUCGACAGGACAAUAAACAGGCCAGAGGAAGACAGAGGAGAGGGUGUAGAGGUGGCCGUGGUGGACGAAGCGGAGAAUCAUUUGCUGUUUGAAAGUGUUAACAUCUCUUAACAGACUGGACAUCAGGUUUCCUUUGAACAUUAACCUUCACACAACUUCUAUAUAUACACAUUUUCUCUCUGGGGGGGGGAUCUUUCUAUGUUAUUUGAGCUAGGGAGAAUUGUGUUUUAGGGAAUGCACCCAAUUCAGUCUUUUAGGGCAGAUUUCUGAAAUGUACUGUACACACUCAAAUAUUUUGGGGAUUUAGCAUCUACAUAUAAUUUGUAGUUGUAUAUUGUGAACUAUUGUACAUAAGCCUAUUGUAAAUUGUAUAGCCUACAUUGUCCUAAUCUUUUUAUAUAUGAGAUAUACUGUAUAGCUAGAUAAUUAUUUUACUAUAAUAAAAAAAAAGUUAAUCUACUUAUGGAUUCAUAAA